AUGCCUGAAAUCGGCUGCAUUAGUCCCCUUCAUGUCAUUACCCACAGUCCGCUCCACAGCACGUCGCUCUUACCGGCAAAAAGCAACAUAUCCAGCCCUGCUAGAGAGAUGGAGAAGCUUGCAAAGGCCAUGAGUAAACUUCUAGAGAGUGAAAGUAACCAAACCCCUACCAUCACUCCAGAAACAAGAGAACAACUUCGCUAUGUCGCCAAAGAUGGAAAGUGCCGAGUCAACCUUUGUCAUAUUUCAGAAAGGGGCCGUUUCCUGUCUGAUAUCUUUACUUCUUUUGUGGACCUCCAGUACAGAUGGUUCUUAUUUGUCUUCAUGAUGUGCUACAUUGUCACCUGGUUUUUCUUUGCUGUGCUCUACUUCUUGAAUGCUUUCUUUAGAGGUGACCUAGAAAAGGAGAACCCACUCACCACCCCUGAAGAAAACCUCAUAGACCACGCACCCUGCUAUUUGGGUGUAGAUGAUUUUAUCUCUGCUCUUCUUUUCUCAGUGGAGACACAGCGCACCAUUGGUUAUGUAUCAAUGGUGUCUCCCAGCACAGUGUCUCCCAGCUGCCACGAGGGUGUGGUGCUGGUCAUGACGCAAUGCAUUGUUGGGUCCAUGAUAGAUGCUCUCAUGGUAGGCUGCAUGUUUGUUAAAAUAUCCCGACCCAAGAAGCAAGCGGAGACACUUCUUUUUAGUCGCACUUGUGUCAUUGCUAACCGGGAUGACCAGCUCUGCUUGAUGUUCCGCCUGGGAGACCUCAGAGAAAGUCACAUGGUGGACGCAAAGGUUCGUGCAAAGUUAAUCAAGUCCCAGCAAACAGCAGAGGGAGAGUUCUUGGCUCUCGAGCAGACAGAGAUUAACCUUGGUUAUGAAACUGGCUCAGACCGACUUUUCCUGGUGGAGCCUCAAGUCAUUCGGCACAAUAUUGACUGCGACAGUCCGCUGUGGGAGCUGGAUCCAGAGCAACUCAGAAGACAGCAGUUUGAGAUCAUCGUUAUUUUAGAAGGAAUUGUUGAGGCCACAGGGAUGAUGUGCCAAGCCAAAACAUCCUAUAUUGAAACAGAGAUUGAGUGGGGCGCUCGCUUUGAACCAUGCAUGACGCUGGAGAAGGGCUCAUUCAGAGUGGACCUGCGUCGGUUCCACACCACCUACAAGGUACCACUACCUAACUGCAGUGCCAGCCAGGCACACCAGCUAAUGGCUCUGGCUGACUGCAAAGUCCAAAACCACAGAACCAGCCAAAACUGGGAAAGCUGGGCAGAGGGAAUGACCGAAGAAGACAAAGACAAGCAACCAUCCCAUGGAGGAUUCACUAUUGCUAACAUUCAGGAGGAGAGAGCAUCAGAAGGCAAUGAAAGUGAAGAGGGUACCGAAAAAAGCACGCCAUAAGACAUUUUAACCUUUUUAAAGCUGAAUUGGUCAUAAACACUUUCUCAGUAUGAAGCUUUUUUUCUUUUUUUUAAAAGAUGAUACCAGCAUUUCACUGUAGAAGAAGGGCAGGUGUAAAUAUACAUAAUAAAUAUUUUGAAUUGACUAUUUGCUAAACUUUAUCCCAAAGUAUUGUUGGCACACAGGUCCAGCUUUAAACUAUAGCAAUACACAUAGAAUUUUACAGCAUAAAUGCUUGCAGAUUUACUAUUCUUAGUAAAGUUGAAGUACCAGCAGAUUCUUGAUUUUAGUUGUUACCAAAAUGUCUUUUUUCCUCGUCUAUGGCAUGUCCAAAACAAACCUGCGUUUAAUCUCAUGCAACUAAAUAAAUAGCAGCACCGUAUUUCAGCAUUGCAAUGUUGUGUUAAUCACUCCCUGUGGUUUCGGAGGAAAGGGCAAGAGCAGACCAAUGUUCCCUCUAAUUUUUCAUGUGUCUGAGCGAACACACAAA